AUGGAGGAGAUAAACUCAAUGAUUCUAAAACAAACUGAGAUUAGUCAGCGUAUUUCAAAGGCAUUUAAGAACUUUAAAAAGUCCCCGAAAGAUAGAAUUACGGUGCCCUACAUCCGAAUUAGAGAAGAGACCUUAAAGGCAAAUUGGGAACUAUUCAACACCAACCAUUAUGAGAUUGUUGCUGCCACCUCACGAGACGAUCAAAAGCUGUUGGCGUACUUCCUCGAGGAUGCGUAUGACUGUUGUGAAGAUACAUAUUUGACAUUCAAGACUAUGCUGCUAGAGCAGUUAGAGAAGCUUGUUCCAACCAGCCCAGCUACUGAAUUGAGCCACUCUGGUAAUAAUUCGGAGACAAGUUCAGGAAACACUGGAAAGCCGCAACCUGACGUGAAGUUACCGAGAAUAGAGUUGCCAAAGUUUACCGGGAACUACGACGAAUGGCAGAGCUUCUACGAUAUGUUCACUUCGAUCGUUCACAACAAUUCCAGUUUAAAAGAUGUUCAAAAGCUCCACUACCUGAAAAGUAGCCUGUCUGGAGAACCUGAGCUGCUUCUGAGAAACCUAGCAGUGACUGAUGCAAAUUAUCAAGAUGCUUGGACAAAACUGACCCAACGUUACACAAACAAGAGAUACAAUUGCAACGAGGUAAUGAAGCGUCUAUUUUCCCAAAAGGCUAUUACUGCUGAGUCAGCGACCUCUACGAAGCAACUUCUCGAUAAUACAUCUGCGUGUCUCAAGUCACUACAGAAUCUUGAUAUCAACACUGACACUUGGGAUCCUAUCAUGAACUAUCUGGUAGUAUCUAAGCUUGAUACCGAAUCACGCAAGCAAUGGGAAAUGUAUGUGAGUCAGAAUGUUCAGCCUAACACCUUGCCAUCUUGGAAUCAACUUGCGAGCUUUUUGGAGACUAGAUUUCGAACAUUAGAGAUGCUGGAAGGCCAAAAAAAUACAUCAAAGGCUACACAGAACAAUACUUCGAAACAAAUAAUUAAACACAAGUCUUUUUACUCCACUGUUAACAACAACGAGAAGAAAGUGUCAAUUAAUACUUGCGUGAUGUGUUCAGGAGGACACUCACUAUACCAAUGUAAGCAAUAUGAGAGGCUGUCCCCAGAGAAGAGGACGGAGUAUGUGCAAGCAAACCGCUUGUGCUUCAACUGCUUAUCAUCGAGUCAUUCUGUGAGAGGAUGUCAUCAUUCUAUGAGUUGUCGCCGGUGUGGACGACGUCAUCACACUACACUACAUUACGAGAGAGAUCAACAAGUGGCUGCUGCGGUUCCGAUCCUACCGCCUUCGCCUACGGUUCUGUCAGAGAAUCAGCAACCGUCUGAGAAGAAGAAUCCACAAUCUUGA